AUGACCCUCGGCGAGGCGGGAAAGAAUGGCGUGCGCACAUCCGACCUCGGCGAGUGUCAGGACAUCGUCAACGCGUUCUUCAAGUACGGCCAUCGGGAGCUCGAUACCGCGCGGAUGUACGCGGAGGGGACCACUGAGCCUAUUUCUGGUUACUCAAUAACACCUCCACUGCAGUUGCUCGCGAAGCUGAACCUCCCGAAGGACGCCACGAUUGAUACCAAGGUCUUUCCCGUCAAACCAGGCGACCAUGCGCCCGCGGCCCUUCGCGCGACCUUCCAGACAUCCCUCAAGCUCCUCUCGCCCCUUAAGGCUCGUGUUCUCUACCUGCACGCUCCAGACAGAAGCACACCCUUUGAGGAAACUCUCCGCGAGGUCAAUGAGCUCUACAAGGAGGGACACUUCGAAAUAUUCGGACUGAGCAACUAUGCCUCCUGGGAGGUAGCAGAAAUAGUCGGUAUAUGCAGGCUCAAGGGCUGGGUCCAGCCCAAGAUCUACCAGGCCAUGUACAAUGCCAUCACCCGCGAGAUGGACGCAGAGCUCGUGCCGUGUUGCCGCAAGUUCGGCCUGCGGAUCGUGAUCUACAACCCGCUCGCUGGCGGGUUUUUUGCCGGAAAGGUGGCUGCACCGGAUGCUGAGGCGCCCACUGGCGGGCGCUUCGACCCGAGCAGCAAGAUGGGCGAGAUGUACCGUGCGCGGUACCUCAAGGGCGGGUACUUCGAUGCGCUGAACUACCUCAAGCCCGUCGCCGAGAAGCACGGGCUCCGGCUGACAGAGAUUGCCUUGCGUUGGUGCCAGCACCACUCCGCGCUGACGCCCGAUGAUGGCGUGAUUUUGGGCGCGAGCAGUGUGGCGCAGCUGGAGCAGAACUGCCAGGAUUCGGAGAAAGGGCCGUUGCCGGAUGAGGUGGUCAAGGCCCUCGAGGAGGCGCGGAUGAUCGUGGGAACGAACGCGCCGACGUACUGGCGGUGA